AUGAUGAAAUGUCCAUGUAACCGUUGUCUUCUAACCAAAUCUUUGUCAAAAGAUGAUAUCGAAGGUGACUUGAUGUGCUAUGGGUUUUUAAGUUCUUACACAAGUUGGAUACUACAUGGAGAGGAAGUGUGUGUCACAGGAAAUACAAGACUACCGUCUGAUGUUAAUGAGUCUGAAUUGGAUUCAACUUUGAAUCUUUUAGAUGACAUUUUUCCCGAUAUUAGUGUGAAUAUGCCUGGUGAAUAUGGAAAUGAAACGACCAGUCAACCUAUGGGCGCAGACAGACCAUCAACUUCCAGUGGAACCUUUGGAAAAGGAGAAAGUUUUGAUGAGUUGUUUGCUGAUUAUAAUCAAGAGCUGUAUCCAGACUGCACUAAGUUCACGAAGUUGUCCUUUAUACUGAAACUAUACCAUAUCAAAUGUAUGUGCAAGAUUAGUGACAAGGGAAUGUCCAUGGUGCUUGAUUUGAUGAAAGAAGCAUUUACACAUGCUAAAUUGCCAGAUUCGUUUAAUGAUAUGAAAAAGGUUAUUCGCAAACUGGGAAUGACUUAUGAGUCAAUCCAUGCAUGUCCAAAUGAUUGCAUGUUGUAUUGGGAGGCAGAUGCAGAAAGAGAGAUUUGCAAGGUUUGUGAAGCUUCUCGUUGGAAAGAAAAUACAAAGAGCACAAAUUCUGGAUCAGAGAAAAAAAAAAGUAAAGCUCCUGCAAAAGUUUUGCGGUAUUUUCCUCUAAAGCCACGGUUGCAACGUUUAUUCAUGUCAUCCAAAACUGCUACUCACAUGAGAUGGCAUGCAACUACUAGUAACAAUGAUGGUAAACUUCGUCAUCCAAGAGAUGGUAGGGCUUGGAAAGAAUUUGAUCAAAACCAUCAUGAAUUUGCUUCUGAUCCAAGGCAUGUCAGAUUGGGCUUGGCGACAGAUGGUUUUAACCCAUUUGGUACGAUGAGUAGCAGUUAUAGCAUCUGGCCGGUGAUAUUAUUUCCUUAUAAUUUUCCACCGUGGAUGUCAAUGAAGCAGACAUCAAUGAUCCUCUCUAUGGUUAUCCCCGGAAAACACAUGCCUGGUAAUGAUAUUGAUGUAUACUUGCAGCCACUUAUCAAAGAGUUGAAGGAGUUAUGGUUUGAUGGGAUUGAAACGUUAGAUUCUUCGACAAAGCAAACUUUUAACAUGAGAGCAGCUCUUAUGUGGACAAUUAGUGAUUUUCCUGGUCUUGGAAAUUUGUCGGGUUGGAAUACAUAUACAGCAUCAGCAUGUCCAAGCUGUAAUUAUGAUGGAAUCGGACAACGUUUACGCCACGGAAAAAAAAAUUGUUUUAUCGGUCAUCGCCGAUUUCUUCCUCCAGAUCAUGGUUUUCGUCAGAUCACUGCACAUUUUGAUGGGAAAACAGAAACUAGGCAUCCACCAGCCACACUGACAGGCUCUACAAUUGUUCAACAACUACAACAAGUUGAUGUUACCCUUGGUAAGAAGAAUAGUUUAGUUGGUGUUGGAAGAAAGAGGGAUCGAAGUGAUGCUGGAAGAUCUAGUACUCAACAGUGGAAGAAAAGAAGUAUAUUUUUCGAGCUGCCCUAUUGGGAAGUUACAAUGUUGCGACAUAAUUUGGAUGUCAUGCACAUAGAGAAGAAUGUGUUUGACAAUCUAGCCUACACAUUGUUGGAUGACAAAAAUAAAUCUAAAGAUAAUCUGAAUGCUAGAAAAGAUCUUCGUGAGAUGGAUGGUUAUGCUUCAAACAUAUCAAGUUGUGCUGAUGUUAGUGGUCGAAAGCUAGCAGUCGCAGUUCGAAAUCUGCUGCCAACAGAUGUGACAUCAGCCAUUGUCGAGAUCUGUCAGUUUUUUAGAGAUAUCUCUGCAAAAGUUCUUGAUAUCAAUGAGCUUGAUAGAUUACAAGAUCGUAUUGUGGUGACUUUAUGCCAGACACGAUUCACUCGGACUGGCCGCGUUGAUGAUCAGCCUUUAGCUGAUACUAACAUUAGACCACACUCAGAACUUCUACUUAUUUUUCCAAACCAUGGAAGAUUUGUUGGAGCAGGUCAAGUUUAUUCUCUUAGUCAUGUUGAGAGACAACAAGCACAUCGACAUGUAUUGAUCAACUGUCAACUACUUGAUCCAUUACGAGAGAAAUAUAAAAAUGAGUUGUUGACGAAACAGACUCAUCAAAGCAAUAGGCAUCGUGCUAUUGACAUUGAUCGAGAAAUGCAUCUUAAUAUUGCAAACUGGCUCAAACAGAAAGUAGAGUCAAAUGAGUUAGAUGGGAUAACUGAUGAUAUACGGUGUUUAGCUUUGGGUCCAUCUGAUAAAGUUUUGAAGUAUACAGCUUAUAAUAUCAAUGGUUGCAAGUUCCGUACAGCGGAAAGAGAAGCUAAUUUGAAAACACAAAAUAGUGGUGUUUAUGUGGCUGCUGAGACUAUGAGCUAUGCUAGUUCUCGUGAUCCUAACCCAAGAACAGGAAUUGUUCCAUACUAUGGCAACCUUACCGAAGUUAUGGAGCUCAACUACUAUGAAGUUUUCAAAGUUGUAUUAUUCAGGUGUACGUGGGCGGACACCCGUACGGAACGAGGAUACAAAACAGAUACAUAUGGUCAUCAUAUGGUAAAUUUUUCACGCUUGUUACACACUGGGGAUAAUGCAGAGGAUGAACCAUAUAUAUUGGCGUCUCAAGCAAAAAUGGUUUACUACGUUAAAGAUCCAUCUGAAUUAGAGUGGAAUAUUGCAAUUCAUAUGCAGCCGAGAGACGUAUAUGAUAUGGGUGAUUCAAAUGGCUCAGAACAGUUGAAUGAUGAAUCUGAUUUAGAUUAA